UGGCGGUCUGACUGCUGUGCUUCCCGCCACAUAGAAGUCACCCUGACACGCCUUCAAUGCCUUGCCCUCCCUCUGAACUUUUGCUUACACCGUGCUGGGGUUCACAACUCAUCAACGUGCGCCCACUGCGGCCAGGACGAGACUGGAGCAUUUUCUUGUCCACUUUCGGCUGUACGCCCGUCUGCGCCAAGACUACUUGGUCCGCCCAUUGUCCAGGCAUGACGCCCCCUGUUCUUUGACUUCCCUGCUAUCUUUCGGGGCCUCACACUUGGGGGGGGGGGGGCGGAACUGGGCUGUGGCAUCCAACAUCGCCGCCUUUAUUACAUUCAGCCGGCGUUCCUAGUACCCCAACUGCUACUUACGCGUGCCUUCCUCCCAUUUAUCUAGGAUGUGCUCUAGCCGACUGACUCGCCGCUAGCCCCUUUAAGCACUACCACACGCGCUGCAACACCAUCACAUCCCCUUGCCAAUCGCCCUUUGUGGCUAUAGCGGCCACUGCCUUCCUGGCUGAAGAAGAAGAAGAAUCUCCCUUAGUGGCUCUCGGCCAUAUUUUGACUAGUAGAAGAAGAAGAAGGCGGGGAAUUCGCCAGACGAUUCACGAUACCCUCUUCCAACGAAUAUGGCUGCUGGACAGUAUCGAUAUGUAGCCCCUCCUUUCUUGUACACCGGGACGAUGCUGCAGCCACAAGUAGACCUGUGUGACGCGGUCACUGCGAGCACCUUUGAAGCGUUAGCGCUUCGCAUACUUCGUAAUGAGACGCAGCCUAUGUGCCGCUUCUGUUCCAGUUUCGAACACCCGGAGCUCAUGCUGGCGCCGUGCACCUGCACUGAACCAUGUCUUCGCUGGACGCAUGCAACCUGUCUCGAGACUUACGUGAACACAUACAACAUCGUGGAGUGCAGAUAUUGUCUCCACCGGUUUCCGGUCCACAGACGGCCAGUGCCAUUCCGGCAGUACCUUCAAUAUCGGACACCACGCCUGCACCAGUUGUAUUUAGUCGGCGCCAUACUGUUCUCUGUGAGCUUGUGUUGGGUGCUGGGAACAGCCUGGAUGUACGCUGUUUCGGGGCUUCAUAUGCAUUGGCUUGUCGCGGGAGUCGUCUAUCCUCUGCUCUUGUUCCAAACCCUAUGUUGGAGCAUAUUUGUAUUCUUCAGCUUCUGGUUUUACUGCCGUAUGAUGUCGUUAUGGCGGCUUUCACAUGGAAGAUUCGUGCUUGGAGAUUUAGGCCACGUUGCGAGGCCUUCACUUGGCGGAAUGCACGUUGUUCCGGCACCAUAAGAACAGUGGUCGAAAUAUUGCGUUGGUAGCAAUGUGGCAUACACACGAAAAAUGCGAUUAAAGUGGCUCUUGAGCGCUUUGCCCAUA